UUAUUCAUUGAAUUUUCAGCAGUUGGAAUGACGAGGACGGGAACACAGUGGUACUCAACAUUGUUAACUCAAAGUGACAAUGAUGAGGGCUUAAAUGAUAGAGUUAAUGAUGAUCGAAAGAACGAAGAACUGGAUGAUGAAUUUGAUGAUUUUCUUGGUAGCAAGCCCGAUCUAGAACUGCAGGGUGUGGAUCCAAAGAGGGGUUGGGGAUUUCGGGGAGUGCACAAGGCAAUAAUAUGUGGAAAAGUUGGCCAAGUCCCUGUACAAAAGAUAUUGAGGAAUGGGAAGAAUGUAACAAUCUUUACGGUUGGGACUGGGGGAAUGUCUGACCAGAGAAUCACGAGAGAAGUGGAUAUGCCAAGACCUGCUCAAUGGCAUCGCAUUGCUGUGCAUAAUCACAUCCUUGGGGCCUAUGCAGUACAACAACUUUCUAAAAACUCUUCAGUUUAUGUUGAGGGUGACAUUGAGACUAGAGUUUAUAAUGAUAGCAUCAAUGGUGAAGUCAAAAGCAUUCCUGAGAUAUGUGUACGUCGUGAUGGGAAACUUCGUCUCAUAAAGGGAGGAGAGAGCAUUGAUACAAAUUCAUUGGAUGGAUUGCGAGAAGGGUUGUUUUAACUGAAACCUGGAAAGUGGAAAGAUGAAAGGUGAA